AUGGGGCAGAUAGAUCCCAAUAUCAAAGACAAUGAUCCUUGUACCCCUAUCCACUGGGCUGUUCGCUGCAGGUCCGUAGCAUCAGUCUAUCUCCUACUGCAGGUUGGAGCAGAUGCCCUUAUCCCGGAGAUCAAUGGUUAUACGGCUCUCUACUUGGCUACGCGCAACAAAUCGGUAGUAAUACUCAAUCUGCUACACCGGCAUGUAGUCAAUCUAUUUUGGCAGUAUGCAUGUGUACUCAAUGAACUACUCCAGGAUGGAGUAGAUGCCGAUGCCCAAGAUGAACGUGGCCACCCGCCACUCCUGAGGGCUUUCAGCUGCGGAUACGACCACAUUUCCCGUCUAUUGAAUGCCGCUGCAAAGGCUACGAACAGUCAACGCAGAGAGAGCGGCAAUACUGCUCGACAGGCCUUCAAAUGGGCCCCAUCUUAUAUGGGCUUGCCCGGGCUCUUAAUGGCCUGGGCUGGGCUGGGUAUCGGCUGA